GUUUGACUCGUAGUCUGCUACACUUUCCUUUCUUGGACAGCAAAUAGAAGAGAGACGUUUCCCCGUUAUUCUCGGCUCUCGCGACCUACUUCUCUCAUACUCGCCACUACUUCUCAUCGUUCUGUUCUAAACCCAAUGCAAAUGUCGAAGGAGAUUCACUUUUCGUCCUCCAUGUGAAUUACUUUUGAGUUGAAUUGAAUGUCUUAAGAGGAAAUAGAAAAGAAUCAAUCAAUUGUGGGUGUUAGAGCAGAAGAAAAGAGAAGAGCAGUGAAAUCACUGAACAACGAAAAUGAAGACCAAGACGCCAUUGAAGCAAUUGAAGCUUGCGGUUCCUGCUCAAGAAACUCCCAUUACCUCUUUCUUGACUGCAAGUGGAACAUUCCAUGAUGGAGAUCUACUCUUGAAUCAGAAAGGGCUGCGUCUUAUGUCUGAAGAAAAAGAAUCACAGCCUUCUGAUGGUAAGGAAUUGGAAUUUGACUUCUCGCUAGACGACCUUGAGACCAUCAAAGUAAUUGGAAAGGGAAGUGGUGGUGUGGUGCAACUUGUUCGCCAUAAGUGGGUUGGAAAAUUGUUUGCUUUAAAGGUUAUUCAAAUGAAUAUACAAGAGGAUAUUCGAAAACAGAUUGUUCAGGAACUGAAAAUAAAUCAAGUGUCACAGUGUCCACAUGUCGUAGUGUGCUAUCACUCAUUCUAUCACAAUGGAGUUAUAUCUCUUGUGUUAGAAUACAUGGAUCGUGGUUCUCUAGCAGAUGUAAUCAAACAAGUUAAAACAAUUUUGGAGCCAUAUCUUGCUGUGGUUUGUAAGCAGGUAUUGCAAGGUCUUGUUUACUUGCAUAAUGAAAGACAUGUAAUACAUAGGGACAUUAAGCCAUCCAAUUUGUUAGUUAAUCACAAAGGCGAGGUGAAGAUUACUGAUUUUGGUGUCAGUGCUAUGCUAGCAAGCUCAAUGGGCCAAAGAGAUACAUUUGUUGGAACUUACAAUUACAUGUCGCCAGAAAGAAUUAAAGGGAGUACUUAUGAUUAUAGCUGUGACAUCUGGAGUUUAGGCAUGGUAGUGCUCGAGUGUGCCAUAGGACGUUUUCCUUAUAUACAAUCUGAAGAUCAGCAAGGCUGCCCUAGUUUUUAUGAGCUUUUGCAAGCAAUUGUGGAAAAACCCCCACCUUCUGCUCCAUCGGAUCAAUUCUCACCGGAGUUUUGUUCAUUUGUCGCAUCCUGCAUCCAAAAGGAUCCUCGGGAUAGAUCAACAUCUUUGGAGCUUCUGGGUCAUCCUUUCAUAAAAAAGUUUGAAGAUAAAGAUCUAGAUCUUGGGAUUUUGGUAGGUAGCUUGGAACCUCCUAUAAAUUUUCCCAGAUAAUUCUUAUAAUUUAAAGUGAUAAAAUUUGUACUAGUCAAUCAUAACUCUUGGUGACAGAGCAGGGAAAUUUCUCUUAUCUAUUAUAUUAGAUGAGUAUACUGGUAUGAGUCCUAAACUUGGUGACUUCAUUACAGUUUUCUGAAAACAUAUGUAUAAUAGUUCUCUUGUUUGUAUUUAAGGGCUUGAUCAUUUUGUUUGA